GGGCGGAGAGUGAGCUCAGCUGGAGCAGGUCACUGCAGUCAGAACUUGUGGGAAGGUUGAGGAGAGCAGCCCCUGCAGCACCCAAGCAAAACAGUUUUUGCUUCCUUGUCCCUUCUGCCACUUUCUGGGGCGAGGCACAGAAGACAGAAGACAGGAAGAGCUGGGCCCUGUCUUUUGACCAGAGGCACUGACCUUGGGCUCUGGGACCAGUCCUGAAGCUGAUAGCCCAGCAGCCUGUCCCUGCUGCUCCUGCCAGGUGAUGGAAAGCGUGAGUUUCUCCUUGGGCAGAGCUCUGGGGGCCUUCCUCCUGGCCAUACUAGGCUCCGUCCCGGGCCAGCCGCUGGGAGGAGAAUCUGUCUGCACAGCCCGGCCUCUGGCUAGGUACAGCCUCACUUUCACUGGCAAGUGGAGCCGGACGGCGUUCCCCAAGCAGUACCCUCUGUUUCGGCCCCCUGCACAGUGGUCCUCCCUGCUGGGGGCGGCUCACAGCUCUGACUACAGCAUGUGGAGGAAGAACGAGUACGUCAGCAACGGGCUGAGGGACUUCGCGGAGCGCGGUGAGGCCUGGGCGCUGAUGAAAGAGAUCGAGGCCGCGGGAGAGAAGCUCCAGAGCGUGCACGCCGUAUUCUCAGCUCCCGCCGUCCCUAGCGGCACCGGGCAGACCUCCGCAGAGCUGGAGGUGCACCCUAGGCACUCGCUGGUGUCCUUCGUGGUACGCAUCGUCCCCAGCCCUGACUGGUUUGUGGGCGUUGACAGUCUGGACCUGUGUGAGGGAGGCCGCUGGAAGGAGCAGGUGGUCCUGGAUCUUUACCCCCACGAUGCGGGGACAGACAGCGGCUUCACCUUCUCCUCUCCCAACUUCGCAACCAUUCCACAGGACACAGUGACCGAGAUAACAGCCUCAUCACCCAGUCACCCAGCAAACUCGUUCUACUACCCACGCCUAAAGUCCUUGCCUCCCAUUGCCAAAGUGACCUUCGUGCGGCUUCGGCAGAGCCCCAGGGCCUUUGCCCCGCCUACCCUGGACCUGGCCAGCAGGGGCAAUGAGAUUGUCGACAGCCUCUCAGCUCCGGAGACACCGCUGGACUGCGAGGUGUCCCUGUGGUCAUCCUGGGGGCUGUGUGGAGGACCGUGUGGAAAGUUGGGAGCCAAGAGCAGAACUCGUUAUGUCCGUGUUCAGCCUGCCAACAAUGGGACCCCCUGCCCCGAGCUUGAAGAAGAGGCUGAGUGUGCCCCCGAUAACUGUGUCUAAGCCGAGUCCAGUACCCAGCCCUUAGGAUCCCUGCAAGCCUCGGACUCAAGAUCUGGGCCUUGAAGGGUUCCCAGGAGGCUCAUGAAGGCAGGGAUAAGAGCUUGGGCAGUUUUGCACCAUCUCCCACCAAUCCUGGGCUGACAGACACUCUUGACACAGAGGCCCUCAGUGAUGGGUAAGAGACAGGCUGCCUCCCCCACUGUGUGAACCCCGACACCCAUGGGUCUGCUCUACACACUGUCCCUUGUAAUUUAUUGCUGUGGUGGGAGGCUGCCUCUGAUGCAGAGAGCAGGCGUGCCAGGAACAGGUGAGAGGACGUCCCAAGCCUGUGAGCCCCGCAACCACACUGCUGCCAGAUACCUCAGACCUGCUGCCACCGCACACGCUCCUGGAGGCCAGGGACGCAACCUUCACGCCGCUCUCAGCUUCAGACAGGGGUGACCACAGGAGAAAUAAGCGAAGAGGGGCAGUUUUGGAAACUUGGCGCUUUUGUGUCACUGGCCCCUUUGCAUUUGAAUAAAGGCUGUGUUCCUGACAGA